GCGUGGUAUUUUUAAGGGGCCAUGGCCGCCACAUAGAGAAAUCAUUGCGCCUCUAGGAGAAGAGACCACACACAACACUAAAGAAAAACAACUUGUUGUCUCGCAGAUCUAGAUCUUCUAGCAGUUUCUAUGCGAGAAUUCUGUGCGCUUGUGUUGCGAUUCUAGCCAGCAUUGAUGUAGCAUUGCUCCCAAUUCGCGCGAUCGCGAGCGGUUUUCUCGAGGGUGGUGAUUGAUCGAUCGGGUGAUCGAGGAGGAGAGAGGGAUAAUGGGAUGCCCCUGUUCUAAGGCGGAAGAUCUUGGAGAAGAGCCGCGGGACGAGGAGGAUCUCUGCAAUUACUCCGCGGCAGUGUCGCAAUGCAAGCAGAGGAAGGAGCUUCUUCGCCAGGCAUCACAGGCGGGGCGAGCAUUCGCCAAAUCUCACGCCGAGUUCCUCCAAUCUCUCGCGCGAACCGGCUGCGCUCUCCAAGAUUUCCUCACGGGAGAGCUCGGGAUCACCGAUGGGUUUCGCGCAGCGCCAGCUCCAGCUAGAUCUAGCUUUGCGAUCGAGUACACACCCACAGCAUCCCAGAGGGUAGUUCUCGAGGACGAGUUCCUCGCUGGAAUCAAGCCGCCUCCACCGCCUCCGGGCUUGCCAUCUCGCUACUGGGACUUCGAUUUCUUCCAGCAGGUGGAGCAAUCGAUCGCGGCCUGCUCGUCGAGCAAGGAGAUCCACGGCGGCGACGACGAGGAGGACACCGUGAUCGAGAUGGAGGGUGACGACGUGAAGAUCCGGGAGAUCGAGCACCAUUGCAGCAAUCCAUCGCCGGCCACGCGAGAGAGAAGAGAUUCAAACGCUUCAGUGGCGUCUCUAUCGUCCGAUGGACCCGGCGAUCGACGGCUGGCGAUCGUCCCCGCGGAGCUUCCUCUCCACGAAAUAGAGAAGAUCUUCCGGUAUGUUUACCAAGAAUUUCUUAGGGCUUCGCAGAGCGGAGCCGCUGUGGCAGGGAUCCUCCAGUCCGGCAGAGAGCUAGGUCUAGCAUUGACAUGGAAGAAUGGAGACCAUCAAGUCACCGAUUGCAACUAUGGAUGGAGUCAGGCGCUCACUCUCGAGCGAUUGUCGGCCUGGGAGCUCAAACUUUACGAGGAAGUCAAGGCGCUCAACUCAAUCGAUGCCGAUUUCAACAAGAAGCGCAAGCUGCUGUGCAAAUACGAUGUCAACAGAGUUCACGAUGAGACUGUUGAUAGAACCAGAGCCGACGUCAAAGCCAUCGAAAACCAGAUGUCCGUGGCAGUCCAAGCUAUGGAAGCAACCGCCGCAGCCGUCCAGAAGAUCACCAAUGAAGAACUCCAUUACCAGCUUCUCGAGCUCGUCCAAGGGCUUGCCGAUAUGUGGAAAAGCAUCCAAGACUGCCAUGAACGCCAGAGAGCCGCCGUUCUUGAUUUGAGGCUGCCUCGAGGAGCAGCAGCAAAGGAGAUCAAUCCCGGCCAGAGGAAGACGGCACAAAAGCUUCAGCUGGCGCUCCUGUCUUGGAGUUUCUCGCUCAACGAGUUGAUCACCAAGGAGAAGGAGUACAUAAGCAGCAUAAUGCAGUGGCUCAAGGCAAGCAUCUCCAAACUCAACAAGCUCCACAGUCUGUCACGCAAGAAAUCACGGGUAAUGCACUUGGCCAUCCCAGAGAUCUACUUCUUGUGCCAGGAAUGGGAGAAGUCCUUGAACGACCUGUCUAAGGAGCGUUCCGGCCAAGUGAUACGAAAGUUAACAGUGGCAGCAAGCAAGAUAGAGUGGUAUCAGAUGGAACAAAUCAAGGCCCAGAAGCGAGUAUCUGGUCUGGUGAAGGAUCUGGACAAGAAGGUGGCAGGCGUAAAAAACUUGGAGAAGAAAGCUCUUGGUGGUAGAAAGGAUGCGCCAGGCAAUCUUGCUGAGAAACGAGCUUCCUUGGAGCUUUUCCGGCAGCAAGUGGAUCAAGAGAAGAAGAAACUCGCAGAGCUCAACUCAUCGAGAGCUUCGUUCACGCUGGGCAGUACCGAGAGUUGCUUGCCGGAGCUGUUUGGAAGUGCGAGCUCCUCGGCAAAAGUUUUGGUGAAGACACACCAGGAGCUUCAUGGCCGAGCCAAGAAUGGCUUAAAGCAGAGCAUUGUCAAGUAACAGGUCUUGCAACAUCGCCAAGAGAUGUAGAUGCAUCACUGGGAUCUAGCAAAGUAUAUGAUCUAAAUAUCUAGAGGGAGAGCAUAAAGACAAAGCACUAGUGGCUUUUCUAGAGCGGCUUUUUUAGAUUUUUGUUUGACUGCUAGUGAUCUAAUGACUUGUAAUAUAUGGGCUUGAAAAUGAAAACCAUGGUGGAGGCUUUUUCAGGUU